AGUUUGCCCUUUCAUGAAUACUUUACCAUACUACACUGUGUUAUCAAGUGGUUAAAUUAACUUUGAUGAUUUGUUAUGUUGCUGAGAUAGUUGAAACAAGGGAACUGGCAGAAUUAUAUUUACUGACUUUAUUUGGAUUCCAUCAUCUUGGUUUUUAAGAUAAUGCAGGAGCCUUUCUCAUUGGUCCUUCCAAUAUAUCUAUUUGAGAUACCUGUGAAACAUCCUGUAUUAUAUAUGACGGAAGAGGGUUGUUUUUUGAUUACCUUUAUAAACCACAGAAUGUUGGAGUUUAAAGAAAUUUGAAAGUAUAACUUUCACGCUCCUCCUUAUGUUGUGGAUGAGGAAACCAAGGCUCAGAGAGAUGGGGAUCUGGCUGUAGAUCACUAGCAGUGAGUGACAGAACCAGAACCACAUCCCCGUGAUUGUUACCUAUAAUCUAGGUCCUUUCCACCACUGUGUUCUCUUUCCUCAUCAUUCAUUAGUGUUUGGGCCAACUAUAUAACUUUUUAGAGCCGUCAAUUCCAUGUUGAUAAACGGAGAUAAAUAUCACCUAUGUCGUGGAAUUUUUCAGAGGAUGAAAAAGAGCCAAAGCAUAUGCAUCUCCAGGCUUGUGAACAUGAGAGACCUUCAAAGGAACUUGAGAAUAUUUAUAGAGCGGCACUUUCAGCAGGCAUCAUUGGCUGGGCAUAUGGAGGAGUACCAGCUUUUAUUCAUGCUAAACAGCGCUACAUUGAGCAGAGCCAAGCAGAAAUUUAUCAUAACCAGUUUGAUGCUGUGCAAUCUGCACAUCGUGCUGCUGUGCGAGGCUUCAUCCGGUAUGGCUGGCGCUGGAGUUGGAGAACCACAGUGUUUGUGACUAUAUUCAACACGGUGAACACUGGUCUAAAUGUGUACCGGGAUAAAAAUGCCCUGAGCCAUUUUGUCGUUGCAGGAGCUGUCACAGGAAGUCUUUUUAGAAUAAACUUAGGCCUGCGUGGCCUGGUGGCUGGUGGCAUAAUUGGAGCCUUGCUAGGCACUCCUGUAGGAAGUCUGAUGAUGGCACUGCAGAAGUACUAUGGUGAGACCGUUCAGGAGAGAAAACAGAAGGAUCGGAAAGCACUCCAUGAGCUGAAAGUGGAAGAGUGGAAAGCCAGACUACAAUUUACUGAGCUCCUCCCUGAAGAAAUUGAAAGCAGCUUACAGAAAAAUCAAUCGAAGGAUGAUGCUGAGAAAAUUGAAGCACUGCUAAAUCUUCCUAGAAACCCUCCAUCAACAGAUAAACAAGACAAGGACUGAAAACCUCCUUGACUUGAAACUCCUUGGAGAGUUGAAGGGAGCUGUGUUGCCAUGUUCAUUGAAUGCCAGUGGUCGGACUCCUCUUUGGUCAGCCUGCUGACAGAUGUAAGGGCUGGCACCUGUGCUGGCAGGGACUUGCUCUUAUCUUUUUUUUUUUUUUUUAACCAAGAAUUGGGCUGUUGUACUCUAACUUUACUAAUCCUUAAAUUGAAAUACAUACUUACAUCUAUAUUGAUUGGUUUAUAUAUUUGACGUUAUAUCUAUAUUGAUUGAUCAAUAUAUAUUUGUUUUCCCUGGAUUUUACAACAGGAAAUUAAGAAUUUCCCAAAAGAUUAAAGUUGAAUUCUACAGGUUCUUUCUUUUUCUUGUAGCCCUUUAACAGGGUACUCUAGGAGCCCGUAGGAGGGGAGGAAAGAACCAGGUAAGGGAAAUAGUCUGUGAAACUCUUGUGCCCUGGGGUCCUAGAAACAGCAUGGGCCUCAGUGUGUAAUAGUGUUUGGUUUUGUUUUAAUAAAAAUCAAAGAUGAUUCCCACGCCAUCUGAAGUAAAAUAUAAAUGUAACAAAAAGGAAGUAGAUAAGCAAGAUUAUAGAAGCAGCCCAGCUUUGUUUCCUGUCUCAGUAUUGCUGACAAAGCAUCUCCGCUGUAGUAUGAAGAGUUACUUAGAAUAGAUACACAGUUUCUACACUGCAGGAGUUUACUGCCUAAGAAGGAAGCUGUGCUGAAGAUUGUGAUGGGGGCGGCGGGGGCGGGGGGGGACAGAAACGACAUGGGAUGACGACGAUGACUGCUAGUGAUUUGUUUUUGUAUUAGACCUCUUAGCUCCUACUGUAAAAUACUGUUGUCCACAGGAGCAAGGUUUGUGAAGCCAUGUAGUGUAGUGGCUAAAACCAUGGGCUCUGGAGGCAGACCUCUGGCUUAAAAUCCUGGCCAUGUGGCUUUGCAGCCACAUGACCCACAGCAAAGCCACUUUACUUUAAGACUCAGUUUUCUCAUCUGUCAAAUGAAAUAGUAUCUACCUCAGAAUGGGCAUUUAAUGAAACGAUGCACGUAAAGCGCAGCACAGUGCCCUGGCACACAGGCGUUAGAUAACAACAAAUAUUACUUACAAGGAUAUAAGACCUCUGCACCAAUAUAUUUUCGCCAUGAUUUACAUGUUAUUACCACACUGCAUAAAGUGUGUUUUUCUUAAUUAUCGCAUUCAUAAAUUGCUGACAAAUUGACAGUCUGUUUAUUGUUUUAUUCACAACCACAUAUAGAUUAAAUCCUUCAACUAGAAGUUAUAAAAUUAGAUAGUUCGUUUUAAAAAUAAUUUUAUUCAUAUCACACAAAUAUCAGAACAAUAAAAGUAAAAUAAAAUUCUUUGAAAAAACAGUGCUGACACAUUUAUUAAAUGUAAUAAGCAAUAACUUAAUAUACUUAUGUAAAGUAUAAAUAAGCUGUCUGUUAGGUUUACCCUAUUUUGUGGCUAAUUACUUCUUGAAGUCUCCUUUUGAUCAUGUCUGAGGAUUAUAAAUCUUAACUAAAUGCAGUAA